AUGGAAGUCGAAUGUGAGAUUAUGUUAAAGCCAGAUGCCAUGCCCCAGCGGCGGGUAUAUGAGACAAAGGAUCCGGUCAAGAAACCAGAUGUCAUCAAUGGAGUCGAGAAUACGAGGCUGCAAUUGUCCACGGGGGCUACAGUUCUAGAAGUUUCGGAUUUGGAAACGGGCACUCCAGCAAUCCGGUACCAGACGAUGGAUUCUGGCGAUUUCUCGCGAAUUGAGGAAGUGGUUGAAAUCCGACGACGAGCUGAGUCACUGGGGUACGUGGUCAUCAAAGAGUUAGUGCUGGAUAAGGGUAUUACAGUACAUGACCAUGAUUGCUUGUUCCCAGUGAUGUUGAUGUCUAGUACAUUUAGUGCGGCUCAGAAAAAUUAUAGCACCACAGGCCGUGAAUUUAUGGGGUGUGUAUAUGCCACGAAAAAGGUGGAAAUGUUUGCGUCGGAAGCUAACCAUGUGCUUGCUAACUAUCCUAGCAUUGAACCUGGUGGCGGUGCGAUGAGAUGUGAUACGCUUGCAUUUGAAGGGCAUUGUUAG